CACACAAGGAGAGGACGUGGCAUCUUUCCCACCUUUUGCUUCUCUGUUUUCUUCUUCUUCUCUUCUGCUAAUGCCUUCUCUUCGUCUUCCAUCUCCAUUGAAUCAAUUCGCCUCCAAUUAGCUUCCUAUGUUGAUUACUACUGCGCGCGCCUGCUAGCAUUUCCUUUCCCCAGAUCGGUCCGGCGAUGGCUUCUCCCCUCCACGCCGCCGCCCAUUCCAUCAAACUCAGCAGCAUUCACCGCCGCCAACAACCGGCUGAGCAGUACCACGCGCUUUCCUUUUCCCGGCGAAGGGCGGUGGAGUCCCCGCUCUUCCCUCCCCCUCAUUCCUCCACCAGAGGCAGAAAUCACAGGGCGGCGAGGAUUGCGUGUGAUUCGCAGAAGAGCGUUCUGGAUGUGGCUCCUGGAACUCCGGUUCGCCGGACGAGCAUACUGGUCGUAGGGGCCACCGGAACCCUAGGAAGACAGAUCGUGAGGAGGGCUCUGGACGAGGGGUAUGACGUCAGGUGCCUCGUCAGAGCUAGGCCUUCUCCAGCUGACUUUCUCCGUGAUUGGGGUGCCACUGUUGUCAAUGCAGACUUGAGAAAACCUGAGACAAUACCGGCUACAUUGGUUGGGAUCCAUACAGUUAUCGACUGUGCAACUGGGCGUCCUGAGGAACCCAUAAAAACGGUAGAUUGGGAAGGGAAAGUUGCUCUAAUACAGUGUGCAAAGGCAAUGGGCAUUCAGAAGUUUGUUUUUUUCUCAAUUCACAACUGCGAUAAGCAUCCCGAAGUUCCUCUCAUGGAGAUCAAGUUCUGUACUGAGAAGUUUCUUCAAAGUUGUGGUAUGAACCACAUCAUCAUUCGCCUAUGUGGCUUUAUGCAGGGUUUGGUAGGACAAUAUGCUGUGCCUAUAUUAGAAGAGAAAUCUGUAUGGGGAACUAAUGCCCCUACUCGAAUAGCAUACAUGGACACACAGGACAUUGCUCGAUUGACAUUCAUCGCUCUGCGCAACGAGAAUAUCAAUGGGAAGCUUCUAACCUUUGCCGGUCCUCGGGCUUGGACAACACAAGAGGUGAUAACAUUGUGUGAGCGGCUUGCGGGGCAAGAUGCAAAUGUCACCACAGUUCCUGUUUCAGUUUUGCGCUUCACACGCCAACUCACUCGUUUGUUUGAGUGGACAAACGACGUUGCUGACAGAUUGGCAUUCUCUGAGGUUUUAACGAGAGAUGAUGUUUUUUCUGUUCCAAUGGGCGAGACGUAUAAGGCUCUGGGUGUGGAUGCAAAGGACAUAGUGACCCUAGAGAAAUACCUACAGGAUUUCUUCACAAACAUACUGAAGAAGUUGAAGGACCUUAAAGCACAAUCAAAGCAAGCUGACAUUUUCUUUUGACAAAAGGGAUUUAACUAAGAUGUCCCUUUUGUAUAGCAUUGUAUAGUUGUAGUUUAUUAACUAAACAAUGAAUGAAUCUCUCUGACUUUAAAGUUUAAAGGUUUUGAUUCGUCAUAUAAAAUCCCUUUACGCUUUUUAUUCGUUAUACACUUCGUUAUU